CAAUUAUUUUUCAAAUCACACAACGUACAGACCACUAGAUCUUAUUUGACAAAAAUGAGACCUCAUUUGUUCACUCUGCCUUUGCUCUCGGGUCUGGUCAGCAUAUCAGCAGCCAACACCGAAAGCGGCUAUCUAGCAACUGUGACCCUCGCCCCAACAGCCUCAGGAGUCGAAGCUUUUGACCUUGGGGAAAAGCGCGCAGAAUGUUUUCAAGCUUGUUACAAGACUUAUGGAAACUACAAUUCUUGUACUAGAGAAGGUGUUGCUCAGUGCUGGUGUAAUGAGUCUGAUGAUUGGGUUGAGAGAGAGGAGGAUUGUGUUUGGGAUAUCUGUGGCCCAUCUGCUUAUAACCUCUAUGCGACUGUUUUGAGGAGGGUUUGUGAGACUGUUACGGCAUCUGCUCGUCAGACCAUUGAAACUGGAUCAACGUCAUCUGCUGAGAGGAUUACUUCAACUUUCGCAGAGACCACGAGCAAAAGCGCAGCCGAGACUACAAGCAAAGCUGAAGCUAGUCAAGCUCAAGCCACAGAGACUUCAACUUCUGGUAGUGAUUCCACAACAGCUAGCAGUGAGACAGCAGCAGCAACUACGAGUGCUGAGCCCAAUAGUGCCUGUAAAAGGGGUUCGCCUCUGGGUGUUCCACUGGUCCUGACGAUUGGCGCAGUCUAUCUUGCUGGAAUGGCCUUUUAAUAUUGCAGUCAUGUGUCAGAGCUGUAAAUAUAUUAGAUAAUCGCAUACAACAUAUGUACUUGAAAUUCAUUAAUUAUUUCUCGGGAGUCCUUAGGGAGUAAUCAAACUUCUGACGUUGAAC